AUGGAAUAUGGUGGCUUAGUGCACAGUGGUGCAUAUGGGAGCUUCCCAGAUAUUUUUGCCCCAGAAACGGAUUUUAUGGAUGAGCUAUUUGUAGAAGGAUGUUGGGUGGAAACGAAGGUUGGAUGUGGAGGGUCGUACCUUAACUGUGGUACGGAGCCUUCAAAGUCAAACAGGAGCAUGGAGGCAAAUGAGGCGCAACUAAUAUUUGAGGAAGAAUCAGAGGCGGAAAGUUUGAUGGUGGGGAAGAGAUGGUGGAUUGGACCAAGGGCGAAUCCGGGGCCAUCUUCCUCUGUGAAGGAGAGAUUAGUGGUUGCGGUUGGAUACUUGAAAGAAUACACCAAGAACUCCAAUGUGGCGAUUCAGGUAUGGGUGCCCGCACGGAGAGGAUGUGCAGUAGGGAGUCAUCAGGAUUACCCAUACACCCUUGACUAUGCUAAUGUCACUAACAAUAGUAAUAACAGUAACAACGGGGAUGCAGCAAGAGCUUUUCAGUUUCAGGAGGAGUGGCUUCCUCAUCACUGGACUCCCAACAUUCGCUUCCUCAGAAGUCACGACUAUCCGCGCGUUCAGCAGUACGAUCUACGUCCUGGAUCUCUGGCACUUCCCGUCUUUCAGAGAGGCACUGGAAUUUGUCUCGGUGUUCUCGAGAUUCUCGAGCCCAACAAUGUUAACCCGGACCUUCACAACCUUCAGGGUGUUGAUUUUAGGAGUUGUUCUCACCAGAGCUUCAUUCCACCAGCCGUGACCGUGAAGGGUUUUGACGAGUUAUACCAAGUUGCAUUAAAUGAGAUAAUAGAAGUUUUGACGUGUGUGUGCAAGGCGCAUAACUUGCCCUUAGCUUUGACAUGGGCUCCGUGCAUCCAACAAGGAAGGAGUGGAUGCGGGCAUUCAAACGAUGAGAAUUAUGUGUCGACUGUGGAUCCAGCAAGCUUUGUGGCAGAUGUAGAGGUAUUGGGAUUCCUGGAAGCGUGCUCUGAGUACCACCUUCUUGGGGGUCAAGGAGUGGUUGGGACAGCUUUCACAACCGCCAAACCUUGCUUUGCAAAUGACAUAACUGCCUUCACCAAGGCCGAAUAUCCUCUGGCACACCAUGCAAACAUGUUCGGCUUGCAUUCUGCUGUGGCCAUUCCUCUGCGGAGUGUCUCCGCUGAUUUUGUGUUAGAGUUUUUCCUGCCAAAGGAUUGCCAUGACAGCCAAGAGCAGAAACAGAUGCUCAACUCAUUGUCUAUGCUAGUGCAGAAAGCUUGCCGGAGUUUGCAUGUUGUAAUGGAUAAGGAGGAUGAGGAGGAGGAAUUGGUGGUACACCAUCAUCAUCAUCAUCAUCAUCAUCAUCGACAUGAUGAUAAAGAAAUGGAAUCGUCAUCCUGGAUUGCACAUAUGAUGGAGGCCCAACAGAAGGGGAAAGGUGUGUCGGUGUCCCUGGAAUACCUCCAAGAGCCAAAACAAGAGUUCAAAGUGACAACCAACUGCAAUGAGCAGAUAUUCUCAGAACUGGAAGGAACAGGCAGUGUUGGUGUUGGUGGCCGCCGGGGUGGCAGGAAAUCUGGCGACAAGAGGCGAACCAAGGCAGAGAAGACUAUCAGCUUGCCGGUUCUUCGACAAUACUUUGCCGGGAGCCUAAAAGACGCUGCCAAGAGCAUUGGCGUAUGUCCUACCACCCUAAAAAGAAUAUGCAGACAACAUGGGAUUACAAGGUGGCCUUCAAGGAAAAUUAAGAAGGUAGGUCACUCCUUAAGGAAACUUCAACUAGUGAUCGACUCCGUCCAGGGUGCCGAAGGUGCCAUUCAAAUUGGCUCCUUCUAUACCAGUUUUCCAGAGUUGAGCUCUGCCAAUGGUGUUUCGGAAUCAUCCAAGAUCAGCAAUGAUAAUUCUAAGUUUUAUUCGGAAAAUGGGUUGUUUAGUAACCAAGGAGUUACCACUACUACUUCCACUUCUCCUUUCAAAUCCCCAACGUCGUCUUGCAGUCAGACUUGUAACCCCACUUCAAACCAAUCAACCAAUGUCAUCAACAACAGCAAUAAUAAUAAUAAUAAUAACAACAAUGCUGAUAUUAUUCUGAUGUCAGAGAAUGAACCACUAAUUGGUGCAUCACUCCAAGUUCAAGGGGAAGCAAAGCAUAUCACCCACCACCCUCCAAUUCCCAUUCCCAUUCCCAUUCCCAUUCAAAGCCUGGAUGUUCUACCUCCCUUGCCAUUCCCAUUCACGGGCACGGGUACUUUUAGAGUCAAAGCUACUUUUGGAGAUGAAAAAAUCCGUUUUAGCUUGCAAUCAAAUUGGGGAUUCGGCGAUUUGCAGAUGGAGAUUGCAAGACGUUUCAAUCUGAACGAGAUUAGCAAUAUUCAGCUCAAGUAUUUGGACGAUGCUCAAGAGUGGGUUCUCUUAACUUGCGAUGCUGAUCUUGAGGAGUGUAAAGACAUAAAUAGAUCAUCUCAGAGCCGCACAAUUAGACUCUUCCUCUUUCAAGCUUCGCCACUGACUCACGCAACCAAUGCAUUUGGCGGCACCAGCCCCACCUAA